AUGGCGGUGCUUGCUUCGCUUUUCCUGAAAUUCCUCCUAGAAAGUUCAAUGGGUCAACCCAUUCCGGAUGGAUUGCUGGAGGAACCCAUCAGGGAUUUGCCCCAACUGGAACUUUGGCUCCGGGAGGGCAAACAACAGCAAGAUGCGGAUAAUCCGUAUGUCCAGUGGUUCUUACAAGGAGCACAAAUACCCCUCAGUAUUGUGGCGUACGAGGAAAAUCAGGAUUGGAUAGGGGAUCCAUUUGGCAGGAAUAACCUCGCAUUGGUGAUGAGUUUAAGCCACUUGAUUUCCAAUCGUGGACCAGCUGCGCCCAAUCAGAGAGCUGGGGUAUUCUUUUAUAUACUGGAAGACCACACGCGGGACUUGUCUCCCGAGGAACAACUUCUCUUGGAGAAUUGCUGCCGUCGCUUGUGGAUGAUGCACAAAAUUUACAAUCGCUUUUUCUUAACCGGCGAUAGUGUUUGGAUAUAUAAUCCCUUCCAGCGAAGGGGCUUGGCCUUUGGACGAUUAGUGAGAUAUUUUGGAGGGGAACCCUUGAACAAAUUGCUUUUCCACGACAUGGAUGGAUAUCCGUUGCGGAUUCAGAUGUUUAAGUCCGUUUAUACGCGACCGGAAGUCGACAAGGAGACAGGUUUGCUUUUGGGCGUCACCGGAGCGGACUUCCUUGUGGCCCAAAUGCUGAGAGAGCGACUGAAUUUCACCAUGUUAUUACAGCAGCCCGAUAAAAAUUACUUUGGAGAACGCAAUUCCAAUGGAACAUAUAAUGGCGCCAUUGGAUCGAUCAUCAACGAUGGCCUGGACAUCUGUCUAACGGGAUUUUUUGUCAAGGAUUACCUGGUGCAACAGUACAUGGACUUCACUGUGGCCGUCUACGACGAUGAGCUGUGUAUUUAUGUACCAAAAGCGAGUCGAAUUCCACAAUCGAUUCUCCCGAUCUUCGCAGUGGGCUAUGACAUUUGGUUGGGAUUCAUUUUAACCGCCUUUGGUUGCGCCUUCAUAUGGCUAACUCUGAGGCUGAUCAAUCUAAAGCUUAGGAUUGUGAAUCUUCGGAAUCAGCAUUUGGUCAAACAGGCUCUGGCCAUAAUGGUGGACACUUGGGUAGUCUGGGUACGGGUUAAUCUGUCUCAUUUGCCAGCGAGCUAUGCAGAAAGGAUGUUUAUCGGUUCCCUGUGCCUGGUCAGUGUGAUAUUCGGAGCGAUUUUCGAGUCCAGUCUGGCCACGGUUUACAUACACCCGCUGUACUACAAGGAUAUAAAUACCAUGCAGGAGCUGGACGAGAGUGGCCUGAAGGUGGUCUACAAAUACACAUCCAUGGCGGAUGAUUUGUUCUUCAGUGAGACCUCACCGCUGUUCGCCAGUCUUAACAAUAAAUUAACCUGGAACCGCAACCUUCAUGCCGAUGUCAUCGAAGAGGUGGCAAACUAUCGCUCUCAGGCCGGAGUCUCCAGAUAUACAUCUCUGGUGCUCGAGUCCUCUCGCUUCAUAUUGCUCCGCCGGAUUUGGGUGGUCCCAGAGUGUCCCAAAUAUUAUACGAUCUCGUAUGUGAUGCCCAGGGACUCUCCAUGGGAGGAUGCUGUGAAUGCCCUGCUUCUGAGGCUCCUAAGCACGGGACUAAUUGUCAAAUGGAUACAAGAUGAGAAGUCAAGGGUGGACAUUACAAUGCGUCUCAGUAUCCUAGAAGCUGAGUCUGAAUCGGAUCUCCUUCGGGUCUUAACCAUUGGAGAUCUUCAGCUGGCUUUCUACGUAGUUCUUGGGGGAAAUCUUUUAGCCUUUUUAAGCUUUAUUAUCGAGCGCAUCUGCAGAAAAUUAUUCACGAAAUAA